AGGACGCGUGACAGCUCGUUCGGCUGCGCCUGGGCGCUAGGCUGGGCGCUCGCCGAGGCUCGUUGCUGUGGGGACUCGCCUGUCAUGGAGGAGCUGGAUGGGGCGCGGGGCGCAGCGGAGGCUUCCCGGUGAAGGCGGCUCCGGGCAGAGGGAGCCGGCGGGGCGCCCGCGCCUGGGGAAGAGAUAACACAGAUCUAAGAAAAGGGUGUGGGUCUUCUGUUUGGACUCUGUAGUUCCAGUAGUCCCAUUAUCUGGUUCGCUGAAGGAUAAAAGCGGCACAGACUAAAUGGAUCUAAAGACAGCAGUGUUCAAUGCAGCUCGUGAUGGCAAACUGCGGCUCCUUGCAAAGUUACUGGCAAACAAAACUAAAGAAGAGGUGGCCUUGUUGAUGUCUGAAAAAACUAGUGGUGCUACACCACUUUUGAUGGCAGCCCGUUAUGGACACCUUGAUAUGGUGGAAUACUUGCUGGAGCAUUGCUGUGCUUCUAUAGAAGUUGGUGGCUCAGUGAAUUUUGAUGGUGAGACCAUCGAGGGGGCUCCUCCAUUAUGGGCAGCUUCUGCUGCUGGUCAUUUGAAGGUAGUCCAAUGUCUGUUAGAUCAUGGAGCAUCUGUCAACAACACAACACUGACAAAUUCAACCCCACUUAGGGCAGCCUGUUUUGAUGGGCACCUGGAAAUAGUAAAGUACCUUGUGGAGCAUAAAGCUGAUUUGGAAGUAUCAAACCGACAUGGGCAUACAUGCCUGAUGAUCUCAUGUUACAAAGGACACAAAGAAAUUGCUCAGUAUUUGCUUGAAAAAGGUGCUGAUGUUAAUAGAAAAAGUGUUAAAGGAAAUACUGCAUUACAUGACUGUGCAGAAUCUGGAAGCUUGGACAUCAUGAAGAUGCUUCUUAAAUACUGUGCAAAGAUGGAAAAAGAUGGCUAUGGAAUGACUCCCCUUCUGUCAGCCAGUGUGACAGGUCAUACAAAUAUUGUGGACUUCCUGACACAGCAUGUACAGACCAGUAAGGCAGAACGUAUUAAUGCUUUGGAGCUUUUAGGAGCAACAUUUGUGGACAAAAAGAGAGAUCUGCUUGGUGCUUUGAAAUACUGGAAAAGAGCUAUGGACAUGAGGUACAGUGACAGGACUAAUAUCCUCAGCAAACCUGUGCCACAAACACUAAUUAUGGCUUAUGACUAUGCCAAGGAGGUGAAUAGUGCAGAAGAGCUAGAAAAUCUUAUUGCAGACCCUGAUGAGAUGAGAAUGCAAGCGCUGUUAAUUAGAGAACGUAUUCUUGGUCCUUCUCACCCAGAUACAUCCUAUUAUAUUAGGUACAGAGGUGCCGUCUAUGCAGACUCUGGAAAUUUUAAACGAUGCAUCAACCUAUGGAAAUAUGCGUUGGACAUGCAGCAAAGCAAUUUAGACCCCCUGAGCCCUAUGACAGCCAGCAGUUUACUAUCAUUUGCGGAACUCUUUUCCUUCAUGCUACAGGAUAGGGCAAAAGGCCUCCUAGGCACCACUGUUACAUUUGAUGAUCUUAUGGGAAUACUGUGCAAAAGUGUCCUCGAAAUAGAUCGGGCUAUCAAACAAACUCAGUGUCCACCUGACCAAAUACAGCUGAACAAAGCUCUUUCUAUCAUUUUGCAUUUAAUUUGCUUGCUGGAAAAAGUUCCUUGCAGUCCAGAACAAGACCAUUUUAAAAAGCAGACUAUUUACAGGUUUCUUAAACUGCAGCCUAGAGGAAAGAAUAACUUCAGCCCACUUCAUCUUGCUGUUGAUAAGAAUACUACAUGUGUGGGUCGUUACCCUGUUUGCAAAUUCCCCUCUCUACAAGUUACUGCUAUACUGGUGGAAUGUGGUGCUGAUGUAAAUGUCAGAGACUCUGAUGAUAACAGCCCCUUGCACAUUGCUGCACUGAACAACCAUCCAGACAUCAUGAAUCUUCUUAUCAAGUCAGGUUCACACUUUGACACCACAAACUUGCAUAAACAAACUGCUAGUGACUUGCUGGAUGAGAAGGAAAUGGCAAAAAAUUUGAUCCAGCCCAUAAAUCAUACUACAUUGCAGUGUCUUGCUGCUCGUGUUAUAGUGAAUCAUAGCAUAUGUUAUAAAGGGCACGUCCCUGAAAAGCUAGAGAACUUUGUGUUGCUCCAUAGAUGAUAGUGUGACAAUUGUUGAAGCACGAGUUGGUGACGUUGCUUUCUAAAGCACUGUUGUGAUACACCAGCGUUCAUUUAGCUUGACCUAUCGUGUUCUCAUUGGCUAAAGAAUCAUUAGCAUCAGAUCUGCAGAAUUGGCUACCCAGUAUUUAAUAUGAAUAUGCCAUAUAAUAUAUUUUGUGGAUUAUUUAGAAAUGUAAUGCCAUAUUUAGACUCUCUCUUAAAAUUGUCUGCCAAAGGCUUGUCUACUCUGGUUUUAUUUGCCUGUUGGGUGUUUGGGACUGAGAUUAAUAUUUUUCACUGGUGUCUUUUUACUAUUACUGGUAUGUGGAUUUUAUACAGUUUGGAAGGUCAUCUUUUUUUGUUUUUGCUUGUGCAUUUCUACUCAAAUUCUGUUUUUUCUAUGAACUCAUUGCAAAUGUUAACAAGUCCAUACAACUUGUUCAGUUUAGCAAUUACCAUAAGUGCUUUAUCUUCUCUAUGCACUGGCUUAAACAUGACUGUUGUGUGUUAGCAUAUUUCUAUGCAGCAGUUGGCCAACUUCAGCUCAAACAGCAUUUUUUUUGCAGUUUUAUGGAGCUUUUUCUGAGAACACUUCCUUCACAGCAUGACAAUUUCUGGAGCUACGUGUCAAUUGUCCAAACUUUUUGGGUUGACUUCUAUUCUAGCUGUAUCUGAGGUUGCUUUCUCUUAGUCCUCUGGAAAUACGUGCUAAAUUUGGGAGAAAAAUCUAUUCUUGUUGUCUUGGUAACCCAGUUGAAAUUUAAGUCUAAGUCAUUCUGAUGCGUCAUGCAGCAAAGGGAAGAGUCUUUAUCAUGUACAUCUGACUUUUUCCCUCUGCACUAAUGUCUUGUUUGUGCUGAUUGUGUGACUAGAUGUAGAGAGUUUGCUCAAAUUUUUAACCUCAAACUUAAUAAUACACUUGAAUAAGAAAUUGAAUGUAUGCAGUAGUCUGAAAUUACAAAUCAACUUCCUUACCUACAAAAGGAACUAAAGCAUGUUGGUGGCAUGAUACUUGUCAAACCAGGUUUAGACAUCUAGUAUAAUUAUAUUACCUUGGCAGAGAGCCACUCAUAAUGUAUCAAAAAUUCCAUAGCAGUGUCCCUUUCCUUCAUUUUAAAUAUACCCUUGUAGAUAAUUUGCAUGCAUUUUUCACCUCUCGUAUUGUCAGCCAUACUUUAAACACCAGAGGUUGUGGUGUGUACAUAGCUUCUAUUGAAAGUUACCUAUUUUUAUAAUAUUUGCACAACAGCUUAGCUAUCUCAGCAGAAAGGGCUCUUUCAACUUGAUUAGAAAUCCGCAAGUGAAGAUUCUAAAUGAGUAAGAUUCAGGUAAUUAAUAUAAUUCAGCACUUUAUUGUUGAUUCAGAGUAAAACUUAUUCUGGCACAUUAGCCCUACAAAUGUUUUUAAAAUGUUCUCAAGAGAAAAAAUUAUUUUGGGUUGAGUAGAGUACAACUUACUGCCAGUUCAAUGGUCAAGCACAGUGGAUGUCAUUUGACUUGGCAUUUCUUUUCAGUGAUGGUCAGUAACCAUACUUAAUGGGUUUUUUUAACUCCAGAAAUUCAGUGGGUUUAUCUGGACUUUCAUCAGAUUAUGAACUUGCAAAGAUAAUAGCAGAGGAAUUUCAAAAGCCAAAUUAAUGAAAUUUAUGAAGGUGACUUGAACUUAGUGGUUUUAGUUUUUUAAUUUGAUUUUAUAAUAUUUUUGUCUUUGAUUGUGAAUUGCAUUGGUGAUGAGCAUACCUUUUGACUGUGUGUAAAAAGGCAGUGCUUUCCUUACCUUUUGGCUGUUUAGGUAUUCUCUCUCUCCUUCUCUUAGCUUGUGAUGGAAAGUGAAGCGGAGUGGCUGAGUCACCUUCAGAUCUUGAUGACUUUUAAACAGCCAGCAGUCAUGUCAGAAGCACUGUCGUUUACAUAUUUCAAAGUUUGAAAACUGCAUAAAAUAUAUUGAAACAACUUUCUAUCUUUUGUCCCAUGGCACAUUUGCAUUUUGUAUGAAAAGCAAAGUAUGAGUUAACUUAAUUUCACAAGGAUACGAGUAAAUUUCUAUUCAAUUAUCUAAAUUUCUUUGAUUUAUAAUUAUUAAAACACAUGCUACACCAAUUGUUGAUCGUAAGAACAAGUUUCAUUACUUCAGUUUCUUCUUUUCAACAUUCUUCCUCUUUCGCUUACCAUUCUGCAAGAAGAUUUAAUUAAUAAUCACCACCACACUGUAGGAAUGAGCCACAAUGUGUUUGGAGCUCCAACAUAGUAGAAAAAGGGAUUCUAGAACUUUUUUUUUUGUAUUCUAGAAUCUGUGCUGCUCUUCAUUGUUAAUAAUUUAAAUUUCUAACUUUAAAUGGGAUAAUAGAUAGCUAUACUUAUUUGGUUGGACAAUUUUCUCCAAGAGUUUUACCUUUGAGAGUCCAGAACUGUGAUUUUUAAAAACAACAGGAAUACUGUGCUGCUACUCUGGUGCUAGCAAAAUUUCUGAAUUAAAAAACGUACCCAUGAGUUUUCUGGCUACAAAAACCUUAGGGAACAGAUCACUUUCUUUAAAUAGUGAUCCAAUGAAGAUUGCCAAGUCUUAGUAUGAAAGUUUAUUCUACUGUUUGUUUUUAAAGAAAUGUAUGCAAAUAUCGUAAAGUAUGGGAGGGACUAAUCUCCUGUGCAUGUUUUCCCUGUAUAUCUACCAAUGUACCUCUAUCCUGACCUACAGCACCUCUGUUGUUCUGAAUUUUGCAUUUGUAAUGGGAUGAGGCCACCUAAUGAACUUUUAUGAUCUCCAGGUAUUUAAACCUAGGCUUCCAGAAGGUAAUGGCUGGCACAUUUAAACCUGUCUGCCACUUAGCCGCCAACGUUUACAUUACCUUUCUUAAUUUUUAUUUCACUUUCAAAUUAAAGCAGUCCAGACUCCAUUGGAAGGUAAUAAGUUAGGGUGCUGUGGGCUUUCAUUGAGUUUGUAAAUGAGGCUCUAAAUUUAGCUGUCCACCACCUGAAACAAGGUUCUGAUUACUUUUGUUCUUGGUCAUGUUGCUCCUUUAAUGCUGUGAAUGGAGUUAUCCUAGUACAACACAGGGAUGCAAAAAUGAAGCAGCACUGUUAGCUGAAACUGAAGCAUGCUAAGGAACUAAAGGACCUUCAGAACAUGGUGAAUUAUUUUCUCUUCUCCUUUCUGUCAUUAUUUACUUAACACCCUCUUUCCCCUUCCCUCUGUUAUCUUCCUGUUACAUAUUUCUGUAACUGGAAUGUACAGUUCCAGAGGUACCAACCCAGUGCCACACAUGUCAAGGACAUUAUAUACAACCGUAUGCAUUUUUGGGGUACAACACAUUUUUAAAGUAUUUAAACAAUCUACAGCAUGUUCCUAAGAAGAUGGGAUAUCGAUACCCCUAAGAGGCCUGCUUGUUGAGAGAUGUGAAGGUGGAUUUUUUAAUACAUAUAUGCACGUGCGCGCACACACUCAAAGGAUUUUUUUUUUUUUGUUCUUCAUCCCACUCAGAGUUUUCAUUGGAAUACUUCAGCCAGGGAGAUGAAAAUUACAGUGGUAUAAAAUGAAACUUUCUUCUUCUCCCUCAGAAUGUUACAGUAAAAUUUAUAUUUCUCUCUGUUGUUGCCAUCCUAAUAGCAAGUACUCUCCAUAUGUUUGUGCUAUCUUUGGUGGUUCUGACUGCAGUAGUGCACAAAGUAAAGAUACUUUUUAAAGUAUGAGUGUGAUGGUGUUUCAGCAAAUGCAAAAGGUAGGCUUUCUGACAUUCAAAUUCUAAUUUUAAGUCAAUAUCGUGUCUGUGAAAGGGGCUGAACUGAGAGCCAUCUGUUAUCUGCAGAUUAAGUACAGCAGUACUAAUGUAAGUUUUCCCUCUCUGUUCCAGCACUAAACAUCCUUCCUGAACUGGAGGACCAAAAUUUUUGAGGGAAAGGGUAAUUUUUUAGUCUUCAUCAGUACUCAAUCCUUAGUGUCUCAGAUAGCAUUUUAAAUGCUUUUGUUGUGAUACAGACAUCCAUUCUCUAGCCACUUAAAUGAGACAGUCAACUCAUUUUAAAACGGGAUGAACAUAAAUUAUUUCCAUUUUUUUUUAAAAGCUAUUUAAAAAAGGAAUGGAAUGUCAUGGCAGACUUUAUACAAAAGGAUAAAAUCCUUAUUGGGAAAAACAUCUGAUUUUCAUAUUAAUUGCAAAGUAAUAGUGGCUGUGUAUGUGACUACUUUAUGCUGCAAAUUUCAUUAAAUGAUAUUUCAAAUGGAAGGAAUAGAACGCUGACUAGAUUAUGUAAUUUUGACAAGUGAAUAUGAAGACAUUGUACUAAUGUUGAUCGUCUUUACUGUAAAGUCAAUUGACAGGGCAUGGUAAUUGGUAUUACAAAGUAAUUUUUUGGGAAAAGAGUUGAUGGCAGUACAUUUGAAAUGAGGGGAAGAGAUAAUCUGAUGUAGUUUGAAGGACACUAUUUUAUACUGUACAAAUCCUUUGGCUUCUGUAAACGUGAAAAUAACUGUUGUAUGGAUUUGGACCCUUCGCUGAUGGCAAAGUGGAAAAGUGAUUGUUUACCUGAUUUUUAACUCAUUUUGUAUAAACGUCCCAUCAUGUCACAGACUUCCUAUGCAGGGCUAGCUCAGUGUAUUGAAAUACUGCAAUUUCUUUUUUACAUGAAGUAAUUAAGCUUUAAUAGAAAUGUAAAAAAGGGAUAACAAACUUUUCUCUGCUCUUAAUCUCUUUAGGCUCCAAAAUGCAAAUUAAAUUAAAAUUGUUUUGGAGAACAA